GAAAAGAGGGAACUGGAAAUAGGAGGGGGGAAACAGGAACGAAGGGUGGGCGAGCCAGAGAGUAAAAAUAGAGCGGGAGAGGGUUUGAGAGAGAGAGAGAGAGAGAGAGGGUUAGAGAGAGAGGGGAGUUAGAGAGAGAGUGCAGCGGGGACUUUGUGGUUUUUUUACCCUCCCUGUUUCUGAAUGUCUGCUGCCAGAGGAGCAGAUGGUGGGCCAAAUAACAGAGGUGAAGGCACCCGGGAAAGUUUCUUCCAGCGCAGUUCUGAAUGGGUGCGCCAGGUAUAAUAUUCACAGUCCAGCAGAAGGCCAUCUGAGAGACGCCUCAGGGACUCUGAACAGGGCCAUCAUGGGUAUCAACGAGGGAACACGUUUGACUGACUCACGCCCACACAAACCUCAAAAUGAGGUCGACACACCCAGCAAACUCUACAAGUAUCAAGGCCUUGUGUCAGUAAGAUGUUAACUGCAGGCCAGUGGUGCUGUUCUGGGCCUCAAUCAUGGACAAUGUGACGCCCAGCACCACUCCUGAUGGGCUGGACCAUCGGAGUUACCACUACCUGGCGCUGGUCCUGGGUGUGCCCUUAAUCCUUGUUAUCAUCCUGGGCAACGUGUUGGUCUGUCUGAGCGUGCUCACCGAGCGCUCACUGAAAACAGCCACAAACUACUUCAUCAUCAGCCUGGCGGUGGCCGAUCUGCUGCUCGCCGUGCUCGUGCUGCCCCUCUUCGUCUACUCCGAGUUCCUGGGCGGCAUUUGGAUGUUGAGUACACACAUCUGUGAUGCACUGAUGACCAUGGAUGUUAUGCUGUGCACCGCAUCCAUCCUAAACCUGUGCGCCAUCAGCGUUGACAGGUACAUCGCUGUGGUGGUCCCUCUGAAGUACAACAGGAACCAGUUCAGCGUGCGUCAGCUGGCCCUCAUCACUGCCACCUGGGUCCUCUCGCUGGGCGUGGCGAGCCCCGUCAUUUUCGGCCUCAACCAGGUGCCGGGUCGUGACCCCAGUGUAUGCAAGCUGGAGGACGACCGCUUUGUGGUGUACUCCUCGGUCUGCUCCUUCUUCGUGCCUUGCCCCGUCAUGCUCUUCUUGUACUACUGGAUGUUCCGCGGCCUGCGGCGCUGGAGCACAGGCCGGAGCCGCUCCCAGUUGGCCCCGGGAGGCCGCCGCACCCUCUCCCUACACCUUAGCGCCGGCCUGCCCAGGGCAAAAGCCGGGACGGGAGGGAAUCGGGAGAAAGUGGUGUACCUGAUGCCUACGGGGCUGAGUCCGACGUCCCCGUCCAGCAUUUCUGUUGCAUCACCCACGGCCAACCCGCUAGCAGAGGAGCAGCAGGACGGAACGAGGGUAGUGGCCGAGAGUGACCCCAUGACCACACAGAUGGACAGUGUAUCCGAAGCAGACCCCGUGGAAAGGCCACCCGCCGAAGGGGGGCGCUCCCGGGAAAACGGCCUGGCAAAGACACGCAGGGUGAGACGAGUGCGGCGUAACAGCAAGAGCAGCCGGGUGAGCGGCAGGGAACGCAAGGCCAUGAAGGUCUUGCCAGUCGUGGUGGGUGUGUUCCUGGCCUGCUGGACGCCUUUCUUCGUGGUCCACGUCGCCAAGGUGCUGUGCGACUCCUGCAACAUUGGCCCCACACUCAUCUCGGUGGUGACGUGGCUCGGUUACGUCAACAGCGCCGUCAACCCCAUCAUCUACACCGCCUUCAACGUGGAGUUUCGCAACGUCUUUCAGAAACUGCUCUGCUGCCAGACAUAAGCUGUUGUUGUUGCCCCCAGAAGUUUGAAACCCUCGGAGAUGUUGUUUGUGUACGGUCCCUUUGGCUCCCCUGUACU